CUUUGUGCGAGCCCAGCAAUGCGGCUCGUAGACAUCCAAACAUGCUUCACAUCCUCAUCUUCCUCUUUCUCACAAGCACUCAGUGUAUCCAAUGCUAUCUGCAGACUUGCAGUCAUCGUCAGGGACGGCAGCGGAUGGCAAUGUCGACAGUCGACGAACAAACUCAAUCUGGCCGUGCUGGCUACAGAGGCAUUGGCCGCUUCCUUCAAGAACGAUCUUUGGAUGUGAAUUCGUCGGAACCUCAUCGUGCAAGAGCUCGCUGCCGCGCUACGGUCGUCUCCCUCAAGAGCUGCUCGACAAUGACAAGCCGGAACCAGCGAAUGACCCGGACACGCGACACAAGUCGUCGUCGCACGCUUUCCAGGUCGGCAUGUGUGCUGCUUUGAUUGCACUAGUUGUAGUAUUGGCGCACAGCCGCAGACUUCCGCCGCCUUGGGUCAUGCAUAAAUGCGAUCCAUUCGGGGAGCCUGGCUACGUCUACUACGAUGAAGCUCGCCCGGCGCAGACGCAAUGGCGGCCACUCUUGCGGACUUGCGAUCCCGCACCUGAUUGGCUUGGGAUGCUGUCCCGCACGCAAGAAAUGACGGAGGGACUCGAGUUUUUACGCGGCAAGACAGCAUUGGUUAUCGGCGAUUCGACAGAUCGGCAGAUGAUAGAGGACCUCGCCAAUAUCACUCAGUCUCGUCGGCCGAAGAUCGUGUCUUACUACGAGGCGAACGUGCUCGCCUCGGACGAUGCGCAGAUGAAGGAUGUUCGGUCACACGGCGCUCCACGUUUGCUUUACUACGAACAGCUCGACUUUCGUAUCAUCUCUGUCUUUCACUACGGUCUCUUAUCAGACUUGCGGGCAUCGCCAUCAACAGCACCAGAUGUGCAUAAGCCGAUCGCUUUGCAAGAUAGAUUGACUGAGCUAUUUCGACCUUUAGUCGAAAUAUAUACCGAUGAGCUCGACUUUGUGCGCUUUCAGUCGGGAUUGUGGGACGUUGAUGCGCUCACCGUCCUGUCGGACGAUCUAGCGCACGCACAUCAGCAAAGCUCAGGCACGCAGUCGGUAUACUUGGAAGAAGAUCUACCCCUGUUUGCGAGGUACACAUUGCGCUAUGCCCAAGCGCUCCGCCAAAUUCAAGAAACAUUUCCGCACGCAGUUGUGUGGGCUCGCACAAUGCAUCGACCUGGGCAAGGCCCACACAAGGAGCACUUCGGCGACCUGCCGGUCAAGAGACUGUCGCAAGGCGCCAAAGAAGGCGCGCGCGAGGCACACGUCAGAAUGUUUGAUUUUGGCAACCUCUUCGAAGGCUGGCAGGAUCAUGCUGAUUGGAUCCAUCCCAAUCGUUAUCCUGGCACUGCCCUCAUGGCUCAAGCACUGAUUCACGAGAUGUACUUGGAAUUCGAUCACGUUUGAUGGACA